CAGAAGCAGCCGGCAAGCAUUGUUGGACUUAGUUUGUUCCCAUACCAGCUGGAAGGACUGCAAUGGCUUGUCAGGAUGAACGACAACGGGGUUGGUAUGAUCUUAGGAGACGAGAUGGGACUGGGAAAGACCAUCCAGACAAUCUCACUGCUCGCAGUGCUCGCAGAGAGGAAGGAGACCAAGGGGACGCAUCUCGUAGUUUGUCCUCUCUCUGUGCUGGGGACCUGGGAAAGUGAGUUCCGUCGUUGGUGCCCCUCGCUCAACGUCCGGGUCCUGCACGGAGCGAAACCGUGCCGGGACAAGGUGUUAGAAGGCCUCAGGAAUGAGGAGGGAGGAACGUGCGACGUCAUGAUCACAACUUAUGAGAUGAUGGUAGCGGAAGGCAGAAGGUUCGCGUUGUAUCACUACUUGAUCCUGGAUGAAGCCCACAAGAUCAAGAACGACAAUUCGCUCGCCUUCCAUGCUGUCAGCAACAUUCGAUCCGUCAACAAGAUUCUUCUGACCGGGACGCCCCUCCAGAACAACAUGCACGAGCUGUGGGUCCUCGUCAACUUCUUGUUUCCCGACCUCUUCGCAGACGCAGAGCUCUUCGAUGCUGCUUUCUCCAGCACGUGGGAGGGCGUCAAGUUCGACUUCGAGCUCAUGCGAGCCGCACACAAGCUGCUGCAGCCGCUCAUGUUGAGGAGAUUGAAGAAGGAUGUUCAGCAGGCCCUGCCGAAGAAGACGGUCUACACCAUCUGGUGCCCCCUGACCAGCAUGCAGAAGUUCUGGUACAAGCAGUUCCUCCUCUUGAACCAAGGCUCCAUCGCGCACCUCAAGGAUGCUCGAAUCAGCUCCAGCAGCAUGCAGAGCUUGAUGAACCUGCUGAUGCAGCUCAGGAAGGUCUGCUGCCAUCCCUACCUCUUCCCCGACGCCGAGACAGACCCGACGAGCACGGACGCGAACAUCGUCACCAACUCUACCAAGAUGAUGGUCCUCCACCGCCUCAUCGACAAGCUGCACGCUCAAGGCCGCAAGCUCCUGGUCUACUCGCAGUUCACUCGCAUGCUCGAUGUCAUCCAGGACUACUGCGAACUGGUGGGCCACAAGUACCUCAGGCUCGACGGAAGCACCGCGUCUUGCAGGAGGAAGUACGAGAUCCAGCUCUUCAACAGCGGCAAGUCGCACGCCUACGUCUACCUCCUCUCCACGCGCUCUGGGGCUCUCGGCAUCACCUUAACAGGAGCAGAUACUGUGGUGAUGAUGGACUCUGACUGGAACCCGACCUGGGACAAGCAGGCGCAGGAUCGGGUGCAUCGGAUCGGGCAGAAGAGGGAGGUUACGAUCUACCAGCUGCUAGCCGCGAACACGGUUGAAGAGCGGAUCUUUCAACGUGCUCAGCAGAAGGUGGCGCUAAAUCAGAUCGUGCUGCAA